GGAAACUGAACUCACGCUGCCAGCUCCAAAGUCAGAGCAUCACGCAAGGACGACAGCACCCUGAUGCAAUCUGGCCCAUAUUGAAAGCACUUCCAUAGCAGCCCACCAUGAAGUGAAAGGGAGACUUUUCCUACAGUGACUGCCGGAGCCGUAUUUCUGAUAUACAGUAUGUAACAGUGCUUGGCAGCGGAACAUUUCUUCACACAGUGAGCAGGACCGGAAAAGCAUGCCAUCCCAACUUGCCUGACUUGACUGUGGUCCUGGCGGCUUGCGAGCGCACUUCUGUCUCCACUCACUGCGGUAGAAGCGGACGAAGCAGGCACCAGGCAACGUCGACCCACUUGUUCCGGCGCGUCUCUCUCCUGCACUUCAGCUGAGGAGAAGCCGGGGUCUUCUGGUUGUGAGAGGAUGGGACCGCUCCUCCUCUCCAUCGCCCUGUGCGUGAGCGCCGCUGUCCCGCAGCAUGUGAUGGGCCCAUGCCACCCAAACCCUUGCCACAACAGGGGGGCAUGUGAGAUCAGCGAGACCUACCGGGGCGACACCUUCAUUGGUUAUGUCUGCAAGUGUCCUCCUGGCUUCAGUGGUGUUCACUGCCAACACAAUAUUAAUGAAUGUGAAAGAGAACCAUGCAAGAAUGGGGGCCUUUGCACGGAUCUCGUUGCAAACUACUCCUGCGAAUGCCCAGGGGAGUACAUGGGGAGGAACUGUCAACAUAAAUGCUCUGGACCACUGGGUAUGGAAGGCGGCAUAAUCUCCAACCAGCAGAUAACGGCCUCCUCCACCCACCGGGCUUUAUUUGGCUUACAGAAGUGGUACCCUUACUUUGCACGCCUCAACAAGAAGGGUCUGGUGAACGCGUGGACUGCAGCUGAAAAUGACAGAUGGCCAUGGAUUCAAAUAAACCUGCAGAGGCGAAUGAGGGUCACGGGCCUAAUUACACAGGGUGCAAAGCGAAUUGGCAGUCCCGAGUACGUCAAGUCAUACAAAGUGGCUUACAGUGACGAUGGGAAGACUUGGAGAACAUACAAGGUCAAGGGCAAAGAUGAGGACAUGGUUUUUAGAGGAAACGUCGAUAACAACGCUCCAUCAGCCAACUCCUUCACUCCACCAAUUGAAGCCCAGUUUGUCCGCAUCUAUCCCCAAGUUUGUCGAAGGCACUGCACCUUACGCAUUGAACUGCUUGGAUGUGAGGUAACAGGUUGCUCUGAACCAUUGGGGAUGAAGUCGGGUCAUGUCCAAGACCACCAGGUCACAGCCUCCUCCAUCUUUAGAACGCUUAACAUGGACAUGUUCACUUGGGAGGCUGCAAAAGCCCGGUUGGACAAGCAGGGCAAGGUCAAUGCUUGGACAGCAGGACGUAGUGACCAGUCACAGUGGCUACAGGUGGAUUUGCUUGUGCCUACCAAGAUCACAGGAAUAAUCACUCAAGGAGCCAAAGACUUUGGCCAUGUGCAGUUUGUCGGCUCAUACAAACUGGCGUACAGUAAUGAUGGAGAGCGAUGGAAAGUAUACCAAGAUGAGAAGCAAGGAAAGGACAAGGUCUUUCAGGGGAACUUUGACAACGAGACACACAGAAAGAACGUGAUCGAUCCAGCCAUCUACGCCCGGCUCAUCCGAAUCCUUCCGUGGUCGUGGUACGGCAGGAUCACUUUGCGUGCAGAAGUACUCGGCUGCACUUUGGAGGAGUGAUGUCCUGACCGCCUUUGUUUCUCCUUCUCUACGAUCUCAACAAUAUACUGGCAAAUGUCACCCAGUGGCGGAAAAAAACAAACUGUGCAACCUGUAAAAACAAAACAAAAAAUAAUUUCGAGUAGUUUUUUUUUUUCUUUUGAGAAUUUGUGAAUAGUGACCAUUUUUAGUUUAUUAUUUGAACAAUGAUAUAAAGCUCAAAUUUCUUUUUCUUAUGUAUAUUUUUAUUUCUUGAUAAUGUGAUUCUUGCCUUUUUAUUGUUCUUGAAAACUGUAAUAUACAUAUUUGGGUGCUGGGUUGCAGAGGGGUUGGGGGGCUCUCUGAAGCUGGGGUCUCACUGGGGAUUUGCCAUAUAAAUUAUUGUAAAAAAGGCACUUUUUAAACUCAGUAUGUGUCGGUCAUGUUACAUUUAGCACCCUCACAAACAGACAAACACACACGCACACAUGCACAUACACGUACACACGUCAUAUUGUCAAACAUGUUUUUACUUUGACUUUGACAGGGCGUCCUUUCACUCUAAUAGACACUUGCAUUAUUACUCCAGCAACCAAAGCACUAUUAAUGCUCUUGUAUUAUAUAUAAAACAGUAGAAAAUUGCAUGGUGCGUGAAUAAAAAGACUGCUUAAUACGACAAAGCAGUCAAAACCUCCAGCCGUGAACGUAAUGGCAUCAAUUUAGGGAACACUUUUUCCCCAUUCUUUUUUUUUUUAAAUUGUUCUGGAAAAAGCUUCGUGGGGGUUGAUAAAUAUUCAUGACCAUUCGUUUACUGGUAAUGACACAGAUGUUGACAUGUCUCAGCGUUCGUAUCUAUUCAUUACUGUCGUUUUUAUAGAUUUUUGUUGACCGCUUGUGCAUUUUGCAUUUAUUCAGAUGCUUUUGUUGCAUUUUAGUUACAUUUUAGUCUACCUUCAGUGAGUUAUGUCAAUAUGUAAGGUGAAUUUAUUAAACAGCUCAGGAUAUAUGUCUUAAAACCCAUAAAUUGAUACUUUUGGUCUACCAUCUGCACAUUAUUAUUUUACCACAAUGUGUGCUGAAUAAGUCCAGAACUGAACAUUUUACCAUUAAUUUAUGUUAGCUUUGAAUUGAUAACUGCCUCUUGUUUUUGAAAAGAGAGCUGCUAUUCAAAAUGAAUUCCAUACAAAACACAAGCUAGGUACUAACACAUGUCCCGUAACCACGGUAACCCUUCACCAAACACUCUUGCAUACUUAUAAACACAAUGAAGGAUUGUCUUAAACUCAAUGGGAUAGUUCAAUCUUGCUGGGAAGGCAAUUACAAUCUUGACAAGAUGUUUUUGGGGUUCUUGCAUAUUUGUCAGUGUUUCCACGGCACACUAGUACCGGUUUACUUGAACUCAACGGUACCCGGCUGCAACUGUUUCGAUGUUGUGAUUGAAUACAUCAGCUGGAACUAGAUAUGCUAACAAGCUAUUUUUCCUAACGUUCUCUUAUCGGCAUUAAUUUCUCAGUGUGGCAAUAACGAAUCAGCUCCAUCAAAGAACAAUGAGCACUGGUUUCCAUGACCAUACGGUAUCGACCCGACUUGAUUGGAAUCCCCACUGAGGAGGUAGAAGUAAUACCACUUGUUUUUGCCAGUUGAAAAGAGUUAAUUCCUUGAUGAACCCCGUUUAUGAAUAAAGGAAAAGCAAGUAAAAUAUUGUCACAGCAAUCACGUUCAGAAUGUUCCCAGUUAUAGUUGGUUAUUUGAUUAUGGUUUUAUAGUACUAUGGAGUUAGUGCAUCCAACCAAUUGGGUUAGAAUGGGGUCAGAAGACUAUUUUGCUCUGUUUAUUGGACUAUUUAUUAAAAGCUUCUUACGCUUAGAUGAAAUUUGAAGGGAAAAUGCGCUGUCUUGUAUCAUGUUACUGAUGAACUUUAGGGAAUUUAUCCAGCUGGUUCAUAUUACAGAUGCAAUACACCCAAUCUGAAGAGAAAAUGAAUAAUUUCAUUUCAUGUUCCAAGAUCACUAAAUGGUGGCAGUUGUUUCAUUCACAUUUUAUUCAAAGGUAGGGCACCAACUCUUCAAGCAUAUCUUUGUCCCCAAAAGAAAAAGGACUGUCAAAAGAAGAAAAAAACAAAAGCUACACAUUGGUGUUUUUAUCUGUAUAAACUGUUCUAAAAAUGCACUACAGUACUUACACACACACACUCACACACACACACACACACACAAAAAUACGUCAAUGACUAAUUUGUGAAAAACCAAUCAGUGACUGGCAUUGUUCACAUUCAUGGACAUGAGAAUCACAUAGACAAAUAACAUCUUAAUCCUACUUUAACUUCGAGAACUGUUGUUUACUGCCAAAUCCCCCCAUCUGGCAUCUGGUCUUUGUUGCCUGAGAGCGGAGUAGUAGACAGAUUCACAAUGGGUUUGAACUGUAUAGAAAAACCAUGUCCAGCGGUACAUUAAAUUUGUUGUAUUUCAUACAGGUUUGACAUUUGUUUUCACCAUCAAUUGUCUUGUGUGUUGUGCAAGUCCAUCUCACGGGGAAAAAAAACAAAGAGAUACUCAUCUUGUCAUUGUAAGUCUAUGUCGAUUUAUCUGCUCGGCCUGAUUGUGUAUUUAGAAAAUGUAAUUAAAAUUAAUGCUGGUAAGGUUCAAGCCAGCAGAGGGACACAAGAUGUUAUGUACAGUUAACAAAAAAAAGAUGCUUCAACUCAA